UGGCGAGCAGCCAGUAGAGGUCGAUUUAAGGAGGCAUGACUGAAACUUGAUUGGGCUGGCUAUGAGCAACAGUUUUUGUAAAACUGAAAGUGAAGGUUUUAUGCAAAGCUGGUUAGUUUCAUAUUUUUCAUUUGUCUCCUGACUUUGAAGAACAAACUGCCAAAGUGGUCCCUUUUGAUAUCAUACCCUAACCAAAGAGGUCCCUCUAGGACAGAAGCUGUCGGGUAUAAACUAGGCACGAUGCCGAUUGAUGUGAAUGAUGUGAUGCGUCUUCUGUGCCGAGUGUCUAAAGUGCAGGGAAUGACGGCUGCCUUGAAGCAUUCGGGGCAAGGAGCACUUAUGGCGGGUUGUGGUGCUUUUCUCGGAGGCUUGGUGGGAGGGCCAUUUGGCAUUGCAGUAGGGGGCGCAGUUGGUGGCUUGGUUGCCGCCAAGAUGACCGCUGGACAAUUUAAGCCUGUCCCUCAGAUUAUUCUGGAAUUGACCCCAGUUGAGCAGCAACGGCUUUAUGAAGAUGCCCAUGCCAUUAUUAGGAACCUGGACUGGACUGACGCGGCACAGCUCACAGCUCUAGUCAUGGGAAAUGCAGGCAUUCAAGAGCAACUGCUCACGGUGGUGACGAAUUACCUCACCACUCAGUUCAGAGCUGAAAUCCAGUAUGAAAAAUAAGAAACCAUAAGCACAGCAUGGUGCGCACCUCCAGAAAUGAGUCAAAGCUGUAUGAAGAUCUCUCCAACUGCACGGUGGAGGUGUGCUGCAAGUCCUAGGCGGUGUACACACCAUACAUUUAAAGCACAUGACUUCUUCCAACAAACACAGGGAACUGUAGUUUGCUGAGGGUGCUGGGAAUUCUAGCUCUGUGAGGAGUAAUAUCCUUUAAAUGGAUGGUAUACCCUAUGUUCGUUCUCUUUUCCUUCUUCAGAGUGGCAAGGAAGUGGAGUGCAAAGAACAUAUAAAAAGCAGAUGUGCUAUUUCUACCUCCACUUACUAGAUGAAAUCAAAUAAAUCUGCCCCUCCUGAGUUAUGGUGUGAUUGGGUUUUAAAAACUGUUUGCAUGGCUGCUAAGGAGGGUCGGGGGAGACAUUCUAGUUUGUAUUUUAAUGAGAAACUGCCUAAUUCGUAUCCUUAAACCAAUUUUGUGAUGCAGUUCUCCAGACAAGUAACGUGUAGAAAAAUACAUAUAAU